AUGUGCCCAAGGCUGCGACACCAAAUGCAGCUCACCACCAGUGAGGUGCCGAGCACUGUUGCUGAAGCAUUAUCCCUGUGUGAAGGACGUGUCGACACGGAUGGGCAGGUUCCUUGGGUGCAGGAAACUGGCGAGUCACUGAGCUUGCAUACAGAUGUGGUAUGCCGAGACGCUAAAUCUUUGGAGCUUGCAGCGUCCGAGCGUGAGAGACGCCUGGGAUAUUGGCGACCAUCUCAGCUACGCAGAGCCUUCUUAUUGCGGAGGAUUUGUGGUUUGUUGCUUGUACAGGAUGUCUUUGACAUCCAAGUUCUCGCCAAUGUCUCGUCCGCCCUCCAGCACAUCUCGCAACUUGAGACUGAGAGAUCCCACAGGGUGGCAGAAUCAUCUCGCGUGGAGGCCUCGCGAGGUCACAAAAGACGUGAAGUGAAGGUGCCGCUCCAGCAUCCUUUCACACACCAGGACCUGCUGUCUCCGCCUCUACUCCGAAGCCUCGUGCAACUUCUUUUGGGGAAUCGUAUAGAGCUGGAUACUUUCAGCUUUAUUGAAAGCCGACCUGGCAGCACAGACCAGCCUUGGCACUUUGAUGUUCCACUGCCAGACUUUGGGUUGAAAGGUGUUGCUCCAUCAGUUGGCCUUGUCAGUGUCGUGCCCUUGGUGAACGUCAUGCCAACAAAUGGGGCAACUGAGUUCUUGCCUGGGUCUCACUGCCAAGCAGCGGAUCGGCGGUUCUGGAUGGAUGCAGAGACGAAAUCUGUCUUGCGCUUGCAGCCAUCCCUGACCGUUGGCAGCUUAGCCCUUUUUGAUCUUGGCCUUCGCCACCGUGGCGCCGCCAAUUCUGGCGACAGCAGCCGCACCAUUUUGUACAUGAGUUAUGUGCACGAGUGGUUCCGGGAUGCCAUCAACUUCCCGGAACCUCAGUCGAGCGCUUGGCACAGCUGGACGCCCACCACGAAGCGUUUGCUGUCGCGAUUGGAUAGCCGGCGUUACCUGCAAGAACUGGAAACGAGGCUCGGGGUUGUCAGCCAAAGCACUGGCGAGGGUAGGCGUGAUUUAGAGCUUUAG